AUGUCCGACGGUAAAGAAGGAAAGUCUGUAAAUCCUGUGAGUAUCACAGCCCCGACGUAUAAUGAUUUGGUGUCUCUCGUUGAGCGGUUGACCACGCAGUUGAAGACGGCAGACAAUAGUGCCGCUGUUCUCGACGAACUUGGAAAAUUGAAGUCGUCACUCACCGCUAAGGUUGAGACGGACCAGAAGAAGCCUGAACCCAGAGAACCUCUCGAGUUUCGCGUGGUGUCAGACCUGGCUAAAGGCGUUGAAAAGUUCCACGGACGAGAAACCUCCGUCAUGGCUGAGGAUUGGCUGUUAGCCGUUAAAGGGUUGGCGUCCGUCAACGCGUGGCCGUUUUCAUAUACACUGCAAUACCUACGCAUGCACGUAGAAGCUGCUGCGAAGGACUGGUUCAUGGGUCGCUCGUUCUGCGAUUGGACCGACUUUGAAAAAAAAUUUAGGAAGACGUUUGUGCGUGCAUCAAGUGUGUCCGAUAGGUUGGAUCUGAUGAAAGCCCGCAAACAAGGCAAAAAUGAAGCCUUGAUGGACUAUUUCCAACCGAAGAUGCGCAUGUGUCGCGAACUGUCCCUGUCAUUGGAAGACUCGAAAGAUUAUCUCCUCCGCGGUUUGUAUGCGAGGAACUUGGCGCUGUAUGUCGUUGGUCGACGGCACGUUGAUGAGGACGAGCUACUCGAAGACAUGCUUUCGUGGGACCGGAUGAACGCGUUGCACCAACCUACGGUAGGCUUCGAACGUAAGGCGGAGUUCACGAAGACGCAAUCUGUUGUAAAGAGUUCGACUUCGUGGGGCUCACGGCCUGCCGUCCAGCCGGUACAACCAAAACCGUCCAUCGCCAGUGUGUCGUCAGGAAGUUCGGUCAACAGUGCUGCGAUGUGCUGGAAUUGUAGAACCGUUGGACAUCUCUCAAGGGACUGUCCGACGCGUCGAAGGUCUGCCACCUGCUAUGGUUGUGGUGUCGUCGGUCACAUUCGGCCGAACUGUCCGGAACGGGGCCAGUCGAGCGUGGCUGUGGUAGCACGUGAGACGAGAAGCCACCCCUACCGGAGGGUUGGGCGAAUCAAUGGCCAAGAAGUGGACGUUUUGCUUGACACGGGUUCCCAUUAUAAUUUGGUCAAGGCGAGCGUUGCCAUAAGCUGUGGUCUCUCGGUGAAGCCUACUGACAAGUCGUUGUAUGGGUUAGGCAGUACCACUAUUCCUUCCGUGCGAGCCGUCGGUAUGGCUUAUGCCGAGAUUGCUGUGGAUGAUGUGUGUCCCGGACAAGUGUCCAUGUUAGUUGUGCCAGAUACCGUGCAGCAGCCCGACGUGAUAAUAGGGCGUGAGUGGCUAGAUAUGCCCUCGGUAGAGUACCGUAAGGUCGAUGGUCAGCUGCACCUAUAUCGAGCUGAGCCGUGCUCGGGCCAGACGGAAACCACCGUUACAACUGUUGGCUGUGACGCCGAUUUUAUACAUACUGUGGAACAACAUGUGAUCCCAGCUCGUUUGCCAUUGACGGAGGCCUCGGAAAAAACUGCUUUCAUCACCUCUGAUACAACAGGUGAAUUCACCCGUAUGCCUUUUGGUCUCUCCGGAGCAGUGGCUGAGUUCACCCGUUUGAUGCAGCGAGUUCUCGGGCCGCUCCAGGGCAAAAUAGUUCGAAACUACUUGGACGACAUGAUAAUCGAAGGUCGUGACUGGACUGACAUGCUGAGAAAACUAAGAUUGGUGCUCGAUCGACUUAGGGACGCUAAAUUGACGUUAAAGCCGUCAAAGUGCCAGUUUGGUACGGCUCAAGUGGAGUUUUUGGGUUUCGUGGUUGAGAACGGCGAGAUUCGCCCGGGUCGCGAAAAGACUCGCGCGAUUGUUGAGUACCCCGUGCCGAGUGACGUGCAUUCUGUUCGACGAUUCCUCGGACUCACUGGAUUUUUCCGUCGGUUCGUGCUCGGAUAUGCUGUCAUAGCAGAACCGCUAACUGCUUUGUUGCGCAAAGGUGUGAAAUUCCAAUGGGCUGAUGGUCAGGAACAAGCGUUCCGCAAGCUGCAGGAUGCCCUUGUGGGCGACACGGUGCAGUGCAUGUUCCGGCGCGACGCCGAAGUGACAGAAUUACAUACCGACGCGAGUGCUGACGGUUUAGGCGCCGUUCUAUUACAAUCCAUGGAAAAGGGUGAAGGUUUGCGAUUGGUGUACUGCGCUAGUCGCAAGACAAGUGUUGCGGAGUCUCGCUACCAUUCCAGUAAGUUGGAGCUGUUGUGCCUAGUGUGGGCCGUAAACAAGUUGCGACAGUUUCUGCUCGGUAUAAAAUUUGUGAUCUUAACUGAUUGUCAAGCAUUAGUUUACUUGAACAACUUCAAGAACCUGAACGCUCAAGUGGCUCGUUGGCAUGACUCCUUGCAGGAGUAUGAAUAUGAGGUGAAGUACAGGGCCGGUCACCAGAUGACUCAUGUGGACGCCCUGUCUCGAGCUCCGGUCUCGACUGAAGAACCACCGCUGGAUGAUGUAUUGGCAGAACGGAUCGAUGUCGUUGGUGUUCUAUUGUCUGAAGAAGAAAGAGUGGCGAUGUGUCAGUCGUCAGAUGUUGACAUUGCCCGUGUCAAGUUGGACAUGAGUACAACCGGCGACACCUGCGGUGAGUUUGUCCUAAAAGGUGGGUUGCUGUAUCGACGCUACCGCGAUAAGUUGUUGUUUGUGAUGCCCAAGAGUAUGAGGAAGAGCCUUGUGGUCACCGCGCAUGACCUUAGUGGUCACCCGGCUGUAGAUAUUACUAUGGCCAAUAUAUUACAAGAUUUUUGGUUUUCCGGGAUGCGGCGCUACGUGCGAUUGCACAUUAAUGUCUGUUUUGAGUGCUUGCUGACUAAGGAUCCUCGUGGAAAGCGACCUGGCUACCUCCAUCCUAUACCUAUUGGGAAGCGGCCAUUCGACACCGUUCACAUUGAUCAUGUUGGUCCAUUUGUGACUACUCCCGACGGAUUUAAGUAUGUACUUACGAUAGUAGAUAACUUUACUAAGUUCAUUUCCUUGUACGCAGUGAAAGACACCAGUGCUGAUCAACUGAUUGAACGAGUGCAAUUAUUCGUUGAUACCUAUGGACUACCCCGUCGAUUUGUCACGGAUCGUGGGAGCUGCUACACUUCGGGUGCGUUCGAACUGUUCUGUCUGCAGCGAGGCAUUGUGCUGAUAUGGAAUUCUUCGCGCCACCCUCAAGCUAACGGCCAGGUAGAGCGCUCUCACAGUGUUGUCAUGGCAGCACUCCGAACUGCUGGAGUAGUUCCUGAUGGUUGGUCUGAGUUACUCCCUGACGUCCAGAGAGUCAUAAACAACAGUGAAAGUAAGACUACAACAAGAACACCGUUUGAAAUGUUACACGGCUAUAGGCCGCGGUUCCACUUGGGAGCUCUGCGCGGGCUAUCCACUACUGUUGAUGAUUGGACACCGCCAGAAGGAUUGCGCAUUGGAGCCCACCAAGCUAUGGAAGUUUCCAAAAGAAAAAUGAAAAUAGCAUAUGAUGCUCGACGGCAUGAUAAUACUCAUUACCAAGUGGGAGAGGUGGUCGUGAUGAAGAGGGCUCCCAACUCUACAGGAGAAUCCACCAAAUUACAAAACCGCUACAGGGGACCGUUAGUGGUUUCAGAGGUACUUCCUGGAGACAUCUAUAGAGUUACUGAUUUGUACAGUGGUCGACCAAGUAGGUUUGCUACCACAGCUCAUGUCGCUCAGUUGAAAUCCUGGAAGCUGAUUGAUGCUGAAGAAGAAGGCAGGCUUGCGGCUGAGGCCAAUGUCCCUGGAGACGCUGCCACUACUCCAGAAAUGUCAAACCAGGAUGCUGAUAGACCUGAGUCCGUUGUUGUUCAGAAGGAAGGUAGACCACGCCGUGAACCUCGUCCACCCGUCUGGCUUAAAGAUUAUGAUACUUGUUCCUAA